UCGUUCCUUGGGGUUGCCUUAACAAUCAACAAUUCUGCCUACGACUUUGUUGAAAUGGGACAUCCUUAACAAAUACACAUGGAUUACAUCAUAUUGUGUCUGCUGAUAGCAGCCAUACUCCCCACGUGUAAAGCCGACUGCCCUGGUGGAUAUUUCGGCGUUGGAUGCACACAGACCUGCAAAUGUCUUUACGAAUUCGAAUGUCUAGCAGACGGCACAUGUCCCGAUCGAUUCAAGAAUGGCGCUCAGUUCUAUUUCUUUGUGGAGAGUCAGACUUCACACGGAGUAACCUUUGAUGCUUACCUCGUGUCACCCGUUGAAGGGCAAGUUACGCUAAAGACCUACAAAGAUCAGCAGCUUGAUGCCACCAGGAGUGUCAGACUACAGCGGCAGGUUACCAAACAAGAGGCACUGCGCAGAGGAAAUGAGUUCGCGAAUGGGUAUGUCUAUCACUUUAGUGCUACUGAAAUCGAGUUCCUGGUCAAGGUUUUCUUAACAGACAAACGUAAUGUGAUUCAGCUACUGCGUCUGUUUGAAGUCAAAACCUGGAACCGGCACUACCACAUUUUGGUCACUCGCGGCCACCGAGGGGCAUUGGUUAUGAGCGUAACGAGUUCAAACGUUACAUACAGCCCAUCAUUGAGAUUCAACGAUGUGAUUGAGCUGCCUGGCCUGAAGCCCCACCGUAUAACAUUUCAGUGGACCCAUUUAAGUGCAUUGAGAGGAGGCUGCAUCAUGUCAUCAAGCCCCUUGAGUGUAAUUAUGCUUGGGAGUAAUAGCACAAUGGUUAAAAACUUCGUUGCAAGUGAAACGAUGAUGCCAGUCAAUAUGUUCGGGUUUUCCUGGUUUCCGUUCUAUAGCGAAGGAACAUUCGAAAGCAUGUUUUAUUACGUGCUUCCGGGAUUCUCCGAAACUUUCUUCACAUUGAGAGCCAAUUCACUUUCUGUUAAGAGAGCAAGAUACACCAGCCGCCAGGCUUACUAUGAAAGGGUGACGUAUGACAAAGCGUUAACUUCGGUGCAUGCGAGUCCCAACCCUGGUAUGGUAUCCCUAUUGUUCGGCCCGAACGAAAACGUUGUCACACUCUCUUGUGCCAAAUUUCUCCAUUACAGAUACCAUUUCGUCGUUCCGGUCGUAGAUAUUCCCAAUUUUGAACAAAUGAUGAUGAUUAUGUCCGAGGAUUUAGAGAACUUUCGUAUCAACAAUUACACCUUGACUCGCUUUGCAAUGAGAGGUACCGUCUCGGCUACUUUAAAAUAUGCUGCCUUUGUUAUCAACCCCACCGAUAACUUCAUCAUUUCGCGUAGUGGACGAGUCUUCGGUUGUUAUCUGUAUGGAAGAAUCAGGAAUGUUCUAAGCUUUGGGUACAUCCAUGGCGUGCCGGAACCGUAUGAUUUCAAAGAUGCUACAGCUCAGCCAAUGACCACCGUCCGGCCAAUUAAAGACUGUGAUGAUCUGUUUUACGGAGAUGGGUGUAAAACUAAGUGUAACUGUCCACAUACGAAUGUAUGUUUCCAGGAUGGCAGAUGUCCACUUCAAUGCCCAGCAGGCUCACAUUCGAUGACCUUUUGCAAAGACGAACACAGAAUUGAUUACUUUCCCGCAUCAAUUUCACCCCGAGCUCUUGCUGAUAAGGAUGACAAAACGUGCGCACUUCCUAACAAUAAUCAAGUGGAUAUAAACUUAGUUCAGGAAACUUACUUAGCUGGAGUCUCAAUCGUCUUAGAAGUAGCUGACGAAUAUGAUUCAUCACUAUACGAUGUUGACAACUGCGCAACAACGCCAGGAAUACCCAUACCGUUGACUCAUAGAGUGGGCAUUCCAGAAAUCUCCAAAGAAAUCACUUUAAGAUUUGUCGAGAUGCAGAUUGUGAAAUGUUUGAGAAUAAAAAUUGGAGGGAAGAUACAAAUAUGUGAAGUUAAGAUCCACGGAGGUCGCAGUCUUCUUUAUAAAGACGCCGAUAUCGGAACACCAGAGAGCACUUCUUUAAUCAGCACCGUAGAUGAAAUCAACAAAUGUAUAUCAAACACGCCACAGAACAACUAUCAAAUCACUUUAAAAUCGGAAACUUUGGUCACUUCCAUAGCAUUUUAUACUAUAGAUCCAAAUUCACACCCCCGAAUAGCAGUGGUUGUCUGCGUGGAUAACGACAAUCGGCUGGUUUACCACAAGGCACUCAGUACCAACAAUGGAGGUCCCACUUUCUUUAAUUUAAAUCUAAACGUAAAGAAAAUUUACUUUGAGGUAGUCGACAAGUCCUUCCAUCCAUGCGAAGUGCAAGUUUUCGGAGAAAACCUCGCAACAAUCUCAAUGUAUUCUACCAACUUCCAAGAAAAGAAAAAAGGAGAAGGUGCACAUGUUGUAACUGGCGUGCUACUCUACCUCCUGUUAACUUCUUUCAUUUAAGGCUGAACUAUUUAUUUCAAA